UGACACCGAGCCUGAAAAGGCAUAAACUGCUGAUUUCGCCCAAUAGAUAUUGCUUUUAUAUCAUGUUUAGUUCCGACUGACCAACAAUUUUUUUUUUCUGGUGAACAAAGGGAACCCCUACGCCUGAAAUGUGAGCACCACCGUAGCACUGCAGUCCUCCCUGGAAUCGGAAGACAGGCCUGUCAUGGCGCACUUUGUCAAGGGCGUCGCUGCAGAAACGUGAAGGGUUGCACGGGAGCACGUCGGACCCGGAGCUCGCCGCGGCGCAAACGUGGGCGAUCAGUUUGACCUUGAUUUCUUCUGCCGGUUGGUCGCGCCUUAAAUUUGGCAAUCGCCAAGACCAAAUCAUCUUUUAAUCAUUCUUCAGCAGAUAAACUAAACAAUCUCCAAUAAACCAUGGUCCUAGUAUGUAUGUGCCUGUCAGGAUGUAAAAGCAAGUGCAUCCCACGUAGCCGCGAGCGAAUGAUUGAUUGCAAUCGGACGCCGGGAAUCGCGUCGCUCGAUCGACUCGCAAGUCGUAGAGUACGCCUUUUCCCGUAACCACCGUCGCCCCGUUCGGCAGCGGCUUUGUCGGUCUCCACCCUUCUCCUGAUUUUUUUCUUGCCUCUGCAAUCUGCAUGCCGUAUAGAAUUGUCAGUUACUCGAUCGGCGGUUGACAUAUGUACGAUAUAUAGCUAAGCUCAACAUCCACACGUAUACCUGCUGGUGCUGGCCUUCGAGUUGUUCUUUACUGCUGAGAUUGCAAUUGCCGUACGUGUGUUUCUUGGAUCAAGAACGAUGUGGUGCUGCGCGGGCGUGGAGGAGGAGCGACACGGCCCGCCCGCCGGCUACCCGGCCACGCCGCCGCCGCGAGCUCCAGCGCAAGCGAGAGGGCCUCACGCGCCGAGGAACGGCGUCGGGCCAGCCAAGGUGCUGCCGAUCGACGUGCCGGCCGUGUCGCUGGCGGAGCUGAACCGUGCGACGGGCAACUUCGGCAGCCGGUCCCUUGUCGGGGAAGGCUCCUACGGGCGCGUGUACCGCGCGAAGCUGAAUAGCAGCACGGGGGAGACGACCACCGUGGCCGUGAAGAUGUUCGACAACGGCGGGUCCGGGCAGCCGGAGCCCGAGUUCUGCGCGCAGCUGUCGGUGGUGUCGCGGCUCAAGAGCGAGCACUUCACCCAGCUGCUGGGCUACUGCCUGGAGCUCAACAACCGGAUCGCGCUCUACGAGUUCGCCACCGAGGGCUCCCUCUACGACAUCCUCCACGGGAAGAAGGGCGGCGCCGGCGGGCAGCAUCAGCAAGGGCCCAGCGGGCCGGCGCUGACGUGGGCCCAGCGGGCCAGGGUGGCCCUCGGGGCGGCGAAGGGGCUGGAGUACCUCCACGAGAAGGCCCAGCCGUCCGUGAUCCACCGCGACGUGCGGUCCAGCAACGUGCUCGUCUUCGGCGGCCACGUGGGCAAGAUCGCCGACUUCAACCUCAGCAACCAGUCCGCCGACUCCGCCGCCCGGCUGCACUCCACCAAGGUGCUCGGCACCUUCGGCUACCACGCGCCCGAGUACGCCAUGACUGGCCAGCUCACGCACAAGAGCGACGUCUAUAGCUUCGGCGUCGUGCUCCUCGAGCUGCUCACGGGGCGGAAGCCCGUGGAUCACACCAUGCCCAAGGGCCAGCAGAGCCUCGUCACCUGGGCCACUCCAAGGUUGAGCGAGGACAAGGUGAAGCAGUGCGUGGACCCCAAGCUGAACAACGACUACCCACCAAAGGCAGUGGCCAAGCUCGCGGCGGUGGCGGCGCUGUGCGUGCAGUACGAAGCCGAUUUCAGGCCCAACAUGACCAUUGUCGUCAAGGCUCUCCAGCCUCUUGUCAGUGCCCGUCCGGGAGGAGAUCAGCACUAGCUACAGAAACGCAUGCUAAUGCCAUUAGCCUUCUUCUGUACCCCACCUAGUGUCCAUCUACAAUUUUUCAUGUGCAAUGUGCAUUGGCCUUCGGAAAGCAAAUUAUAAGUAUUUGAUUCAUACCUUGUUUUCUGUGAUACACAGUUAACUAUAUACUUCUACUACAAAUGGGCCGCGCCAGAGGCACAUUCCAUGGCUUUUCUUGUCAUAGACACAAUUCUUUUGAAGACUUUAAGCAAGAAAAUUAAAAGUACUUGAUUGGUA